AUGUCUUGGAUGUUACUAGCUACCAACAUCUGUAAUAUACUAAUUCAGUACCAUAUACUGGUGUCAGGAGCAGUGCAGGGAUAUGAUGUUGACACUGUGUGCAGUGAUAAUCAAGCACUUGUACAGCUUCCUGGAGGACAACAACUUUGCCUCAAUACUGAACUGAAUGGAUUUGUACCAUAUGGUGAUAUUGAUUGUGGAAGUGAAGUGCUGAGUAUCAGGAGUUUUCACAUUGAAAGAGAGGCAUACGUAGCUAUAGCAGAUAGAGACAAUGAUGCAGUACUGAUCUACAAAUGGCAUGACCAGACAUUUAUAUAUCAUCAAACGAUAGACGUACCUGCUGUGCUUAGUUUGGAGAUUUUCAGAAUACAUAAUGACACGUACCUUGGCACCGCGGCAUACCGUACUGGAUCAAUUGACACCUUGUAUCAAAUUGUUCAGAUUGUUGGUCUUCAAAUACUUACGCAACCAGUCAUUUACAAGUGGAAAGAAAAUGAGAGUACAUUCAUAGAAUUUCAGCGACUCAAUGUUUUGGAAGCAAAGACCUUAAAAUUUGUGGAAUUUUCCCAAAGCAGGGAUAUUACAAAGUAUUUUCUCAUUGCGACUAAUGGUUCGUAUGCCAAUACAACUCUAUAUGAAUGGGACAGUGAUGGAUUUGGGGUUGUUCAUCAUCUGCAUGCAAAAUCCAAGCAUGUAGCAUUUAUUCAAGAAAACUAUCAGUUCUGGAUGAUACUAACAAGUGAUCGUGGCACCACAGUCUGGAAAUGGACCGGACAGCAUUUCUAUGUCCUGAAAUCAGCCUCAAUCAAUUUAAAAGCACCAGACUCUGUUAGUCUGGAUACUGCUAAUUUUCACCACAUCACGUUCAUAUGCAUGGUUGAUAAAAGACGACAAUUACCGGUGUACAUCACAAAAUGGCACAGUGAGCAAGAACAAUUCAUCCUAGUCGAAAACCUUAAACACCACCAUGCAACAACAUGUCAGUUUGUCAACUACGCUGGCCAACUUUACUUACUCACUGGUAGCCGCCUUGGGGCAAAUAUUUACAAAUAUGACCAAGUCUUCAAUAAUUUCCACCUGAUAGACGAGUUAGAUGGCAUUAGCCACGUCACUGCCACAGAACAUGUAAAUAUUAAUGGUGUUCUUUAUUUACUUUUAAAAGUAAAGUCCAGACAGUACACCAAUGAUGGAAGAGUUUCAGAUGUCUGUCGAUAUUACCAGGGCCAGUUAGUUUUUUUAAAUGCUGGAUGA